AUGCUCUCUGAUAUCAACGGUGUUCCUAUUGAUCAAGCUCUCAAGGAAAAUGGCUAUGUCAUUGUCGAUGGUCUCAUUCCCUCCGACAUGAUCGAUGAUCUUAAGGCCGCUUGUGAUCGUGUCGUUGACAAGGCAAGAAAGGGUGAAUGGAAGCAUCGUCGUCUUGUAGGCACUCAAUUCCCACCAUGGACCGAGGGCACUGAUGUGUGGGGCGUCCAACACAUGAUGCAUCCCGAUUUGAAGGAACCUAUCUUUGCAAAGUGGUAUGGUUCUCCCAAGCUUCUUGAAGCUGUUUGCCAAUUGCUCGGUACCAGCAAUGAGAAUCUCCAACUCGAAUUGUUCAAUCUACUUAUUAACCCUGAGGAAUCCGAUUUCGACUUGACAUGGCACCGAGAUGCUAUUCCUGCGGCAACGAGUCCCGAGGAAGAAGAGACCAAGCUGACCAUUCCCCAUUAUGGCACUCAGUGGAACACGGCCUUGUACGAGGACGAAUGUCUUUACGUUGUACCAAAGUCGCACCGACGUGUUCGCACCGCUGAAGAGCGUGAUAUCACUUUGAAUGAUCCCAAGAGCCACAACAUGCCUGGUCAACUCAAGGUCCAAUUGAAGCCCGGUUACACAGUCUUUUAUGACAAUAACAUCUUGCAUCGUGCUGCUUACUUUUGCUCAAAGAAACGUGCCACUUUGCAUGCUUCCAUGGGUACCGUCGAAGGUGGCCAUCAUCGUGCUGCUACCAUUUUCCAACAUGGCCUUGACUGGAUGGAGACUGAUGCCUUCCGUGAACAAUUGCCCGAAUCGCUCAUCAAGCCUUAUGCCAAUGUCCGUGCCAUGGCUGAAAAGGCUACGGCCGGCAAGCUUGAAUCUAAGCCUAUCCAUGAAGGUCUUUAA